UCCACCUUCCUUCCUCCUUCAGCCACCACCUCUAAACUCCAUUGAGACACAGAGAGAGAAAGAGAGAGAGAGAGAGAGAGAUGGGGAAUUGCCAGGCCAUUGAUGCAGCGACACUGGUGAUACAAUACCCAUGUGGUAAAGCAGACAAGUUAUAUUGGCCUGUAUCUGCCAGUGAAGUCAUGAAGAUGAACCCUGGCCACUAUGUUGCUCUUCUCAUCACCACCACCUUGUGUCCAACCACUGCCACAACCACCACCGCCCCCAGCUCUGUUCGGAUCACCCGCGUUAAGCUCCUCCGCCCCACUGAUACUCUUGUGCUUGGCCAAGUCUAUAGGCUCAUCACUGCUGAAGAGGUAAUGAAAGCAUUGUGGGCAAAGAAGUAUGCUAAGAUGAAGAAGACCCAGGCAGCAUCUGCAGAUAUGGCAGGGAGGGUGAAUGAGAAGCUGGGAGGUGGAUUAGAGUUUACUGUGAGAAGAUCUGAAAUGGAGAAGAACCAUCAGAUGGCACGCCAUGAAAGAGGACAUGAAAGAGGGCGAGGGAGGACAGCAGCAGCAUCAGCAGGUGCAAACUCUGCCACAGCAAGGCCAAGAACAUGGCAACCCUCAUUGCAUAGCAUCUUAGAGGGUGGAAGCUGAUUAUGCUACAAAACUUCUCUGCAUCCAUUGUAAGAGGCAGAGGAGCAAUAGAUGGCUCCACUGAUACAAAAAUCCAUUAUACAUCGAUUUCUUAGCCUGUGACAACAAUCUAUACAGUAUGUUAGAAAAUCCAAGGAGACAGGUCGCAUGUUGAGAGGUAGAGAACUUUUCUUCAAGUGCAGAACCAGAUGAUGUAAGAUUUGUACCAUGAGGGAAUUGAGUUGUGUAUCUGAUAUCAUUGUAAUCAAGUACUGUUCUAUAAUGGAAUUAGUCUUUGCCCGCAAAA